AUGGACGCAGUGCAGGAACCCUCCAACAAUUCCGAGUUCAUCCCCCCGCCCCAAUCCCUUAUCGAGGUGUUGCACGACGUCGAAGUUGUCGACGAGACCUGUCUUCCCAAUCACUCCUACUGCUGGCAGGAUGUUAUCGACGCCAUCGAGUCAGCCACGGCGCAAGACGACGCCAAGGCCGAGAGGUCUUCGGUGCGGGCGAGGUUGAGAAAGUCGGGGCCUGAGCUUGCUGUUCUUGAGUCCCUAGCGGGGAUGAUACCGGACCAAGACGGCCUCUGCGUCCUGCGCGGUGGCUUGACAACUUUGUGCAAGAUGGUUUCCUUGCGGUUGGAGACCCGCGCCAAGAUCCUUCGAGCGUUUGAGGGUAUCCCUGAGACAUUCAUGGACGCCGUGCAAGCUGGGAUGCGGUUCCCAGGCGCGGCGGACCUGCUCCAUGCGGUCAGGAAGUUGUAUAGCACGUUGGUGGAGAAUGCGCUUGGUGACCUGACCCUAAUGCUUGAUCUAGUCGUGCGGCUGUGGAAACAACGUCCAGGAAAAGAAGCCGAAGUCGUGGAUAAUUGUCUUGCGCAGGUUUCACGGGCGGCGGAGCGCGUGGACCGAUGUUCGAGGGCGGCAACAGAACGGACGGUCGGUGAGAUACACGUGGCGCAGCAUAGCAUACUUGCAAGCAACGUUGUCAUCAACGCCGAUGUCAAGGCUGUAAAGUCGGGGGUCGACGGUAUCCGGGCUGCGAUAGUCGAUGGUAUUACGCGGCUCGAAUCGCAGCUUUCGGGCGCUGAUCGAGAAAAGCAUCUCCAGACGGCGACCGAAAAGAUGCUCGAAGCUGCGGCGUUAUUGAAAGGACUUCGCGACGGCGACAGUGGCUGGUACCAACAACCAUAUCUCAGCCUCUAUGGUCCGCCACAGCUUGCAUUGCCGUGGUUACGAAUGGCAGACGGAACAGUCCCGGGGAUACUAACAUUUAUGCCCUCAAACCAGACUGACGCGUCAUACGAACCCGCGUCUCCGCCGGCGACGCCGCGGAUGAGCCUCGAAGAGCUACUCGGGGCGCUCGAGCUGCCGGAAGGCGCGGCGGUUGAAGUCUUGGAUGACGUGACGCGGCGGAGUUACCAUCUCAAAGCCGAUAUCGGCACCAGAAGCAACCGCCUCAUGGAAGUGAAACGGUUCACGAAGUGGCUUGAAGCGCCGCCUUGGGCGUCGGAUCUGAUCCUGGUCGAUGGCCACUGCAGCAACGUUGCGGCGGACAAGGUGACGCCCAUGUCGGCAAUCUGCGCAUCCCUCGCGGGAACGAUGAUGAAAACGGAAAGCGACGGCGACCAGGACCGCCCGGUUCCCAUGGUCAUCCAUCACUUUUGUGGCCAGCACCUGGGACGAAAGCCCCUGAAUGGGCCGAGUGGGCUCAUCCGCAACCUAAUUCACCAGCUGCUCGUGCAGAGCCAUGAUGCGGAAAACCAUUGGGCAGUGCCGGUACCACCGCUAAACUUCAUCGAUGAUCAACUCCUUGCUGGUAUCCAAACACACGACAUCCCUAGCCUUUCUCGUCUUUUUUGCGAGCUCUUUGUUCGAAUCGACCCGUCGAGGCCCGUCUUUUGUAUCAUCGACGGUGUCUCCGAGAUCGAGACUGCCUUGUAUGGGUGGCAGGAAGAUGCCGUGACCAUCGUCGGCGCCUUGCUGGACUUGGUUGAGGACUUCCGUACUGGUCCCGCGCUGAGGGUGCUGCUCACCAGCCCUCAACGAAGCACAAAGUUGGCUGAGUCGCUGGUCUCAUCCGACAGGCACGUGUCGCUGCUGGCAGCGCACACGUUAGGCAGGCGGUCUUAUGCAUCCCUGUUUGAGAGAGACAUCAAUGAUUUGUUGAUGACGGGCGAAGAGCAGGUUCCAUCACCUGAACCCGUGGGCCUGAAUUCGGUGGCUCCGACGCUGACAGCUCAACCCCGGUUCGAACACUGGCCGGUGGCCAUGCAAGCUGGCACCAGUACCUCGGGGAUUCGAUCAUGA